AUGACUUGGCAACAGUCGUUAUCGCGAUGGGUCUCCCUGAUGAUCCUCGCCUGUGUCGGCAUCACGCACGCUCACACCGUCAUCACCUACCCCGGCUACAGAGGAAAUAACCUGCACACCAACGGCACUGUCGGCGAGGCGGAUGGCUUGGGUGUCGCCUGGGACUCGAAGAACAGUUCAUUAUACUACCCGUAUGGCAUGGAAUGGAUCUAUCCAUGCGGUGGUAUGCCCACAUCUAAGAAUCGUACCUACUGGCCCGUCAGCGGCGGUGCAGUCGCCUUCCAGCCUGGUUGGUUCCAGGGCCACCAGACGGCCUUGAUCUACGUCAACAUCGGUCUCGGCGAAACUCCUGAGAACAUGAGCCACCCGGUGGUCUCACCGUUCCAAAUUACCGGCCCAUCCAACAACCCCUGGCCGGGAACCGUCUGCCUGCCCCAGGUCCCGCUGCCAGCCAAUGUCAGUGUCAAAGUUGGCGACUAUGCUACCAUCCAGGUCGUGGAAACCGCAAAGCACGGCGCUGCCUUGUAUAACUGUGUCGAUAUUAUCUUCGCAGAGGACGGCGAUGCGAAGGUUGCCGACGUGAACAGCACAAACUGCUUCAACUCCAGCGACAUUAGCUUCCAGUACAUGUACACCACAAGUCAGAUUGGCUCUGGAGCUGCAAUGCUCAUGCCCCCACAGCACACAUUGCUCGCCAUGGUACCUCUGGCAUUGGCUGCUCUCUUCGGGGGCUUGAUGUAG